UCGUUUAAUGGUGUUCUGCAAUUAUCCAGCUUCGCAUUUAGUACAAAGUAAUUCGCAACCUCCAACUAGUUGUGAAUAGGUACUCAGAGCCGAUAAACGUGUCCAAAUCAAUUUGGCUGAAGAAAUAGCAUAAAAGUCUUUUGUAACUGACUCCUUUUGGAACUUUUGACAUUACAAAUAGCAGGUUUGCCAGACUUCCGCUGCUCCCAUCUGAAUCCACAACCACAGUUACGUAGUUACAGUGCCUGAAACUAAUUGACGUUGGUCUUGAAUAACAAAAACCUAUGGGGCGUGACAACAGCGUCAAAAACGGGAAGUCUCCACUGGAGCCAAACAUUGUCAAAACUGAAGAAGACGAUGUUCAGCCUUCUUCGUUCUUUGGAUUGUACAGAUUCGCCUCAAAACCGGACAAAUGGCUGCUUACCCUCGGAACGGUGGCAGCAUUAGCCACCGGAGCUAUUCAACCACUAAACGCCUUGUUCUUCGGAGACCUUACUCAGACCAUUAUCGAUUACGCGCAAGGUUGUAUGAUCGGCCCCGAGGAAUGUGAAAAAGCCACCGACAACUUUGUCCAGGGCAUCAACAAUUUUGCCCUUAACAUGUUAUACAUAGGAGCUGCGAUUAUUGUUUUGGGUUACGUAUCAGCUCAGUGCUUUAACUACACUGCGAUCAAGCAGGUUUUUAAACUGAGGUCCCUGUAUUUAAAGAGGCUUUUGAACAAAGACAUAACUUGGUACGACAUGAACCAGUCCGGUGAUUUUGCUAGUAGAAUGGGGGAAGAUUUAUCUAGAUUUGAGGAAGGCAUCGGCGAGAAAGUCCCGCUUUUUGUAUCCCUACAAGCUACUUUCUUUGCGUCUCUAAUACUGGCUCUCAUAAGAGGCUGGGAGUUGGCUCUGAUAUGUUUAAUCUCCUUACCAGUAACCCUGAUAAUAAUCGGCGGCCUAUCUUUUUUGAUUACGAAAGUAUCGAAAAAGGAAAUAGAUGCUUACGGAGAGGCGGGCGCUAUUGCCGAAGAAGUUCUUACGUCGAUAAGAACCGUCAUUGCGUUCGGCGGUCAAAAAAAGGAAACUCAGAGAUACGACGAAAAGCUAAUCUACGCCAAGAACAACAAUAUACGGAGAUCAUUUUUGGAAGGCACUUCCUUCGGGCUCCUGUUUUUUAUGAUAUUUUCUAGUUACGGAUUGGCGUUUUGGUACGGAAUUACGCUGAUGUUGAAGCAGCGGAGUUGGGAUGAUCCGAUUUAUACUCCUGGAAAUAUGAUCACUGUAUUUUUCAGCGUAAUGACCGGUAGCCAGAGUUUCGGAAUGGCUUCCCCUUACAUCGAAGCAUUCUCACAAGCCCGAUCGGCCGGAGGCAAAGUGUUUCACAUAAUAGAUUCCUUACCAACUAUCAAUUUGUCCAAAAAUAACGGACAAAAGAUAGAAAAUCUCAAAGGAUCUUUAAGUUUCAGAGGUGUUACAUUCCAGUAUCCGUCGAGAAAAGAAGUCACCAUUUUGAAAGAGUUGGAUCUAGAUAUUGAGGCCGGUCACACAGUUGCCUUAGUAGGCAGCUCUGGCUGUGGAAAGUCAACCGUCUUGCAACUAAUCCAGAGGUUCUACGAUCCAGAUCGAGGAACUGUUUUACUAGAUGGCCAGGACAUAAGAAACUUGGAUUUAACGUGGUUCAGGAAUUUGAUCGGGGUGGUAAGUCAAGAGCCCGUGUUAUUUGGCACAACCAUCGAGGAAAAUAUACGUUACGGUAAUAGAGAUGCAACUGAGGAAGAUAUCAUAAACGCAGCCAAAAAGGCAAACGCCCAUAAUUUUAUCAAGAUGUUGCCAGAAGGAUACAAGACCUUAGUGGGAGAGAGAGGUGCUCAGCUUUCGGGAGGUCAAAAACAGAGGAUUGCCAUUGCUAGAGCUUUAUUAAAAUCACCGUCAAUUUUACUGUUAGAUGAAGCUACAUCCGCGUUGGACACGAAUAGCGAAGCCAAGGUGCAAGCAGCUCUUGAUUCAGCCAGUCAACACUGCACCACCAUCAUAGUGGCGCACAGGCUAUCAACUAUUAGAGGCGCAGAUAAAAUUAUCGUCUUAUCCCAAGGAAAAGUGGUUGAGCAAGGUAGCCAUGACGAGCUGAUGAAGCUCGAGGGUGAAUACCAUACCUUAGUGAUGACGCAAGUGCAGAGUAACCAAGUGAUUGAAAGCACGACAAAAGAAACCAGAAAAGCGGUAGUUGUUGAGGAUGAAGAUGAAGAAGAUAAUCACUACAUACAAGAAGACAACGAAACCGAAAACGCCAAUGACGAGUACGUAAAAAAAGGUUCCAUCUGGUCACUCCUCAGGAUGAACUCUCCAGAGUGGUUUUAUUUGCUGCUUGGUAGUAUAGGUGCCGCGUCAGUGGGAUGCGCUAUGCCACUUUUUGCGGUCAUUUUCGGUACCAUAAUGCAGGAUAUCUCAGAUCCAGAUGAUGAUUACGUGCGACAACGAACCACCCAAUAUUGUUUAUAUUUUGUAGCCAUAGGAGUUCUAUCCGGUGUAUCAAAUUUUUUGCAGAUGUAUAUGUUUGGCGUAGCCGGUCAGAAAUUAACGCAAAGGAUACGUAGCCAAAUGUUCGAUGCUAUGCUCAAGCAGGAAAUUGGUUAUUUCGACCGAAAAUCAAAUGGAGUCGGUGCUCUAUGCUCCCAGCUCGCUACUGAAGCCUCUCAAGUGCAAGGCGCUACCGGUCAAAGAGUUGGGAUAAUAAUGAAUUCCAUCGCUACAUUAUUGUUAUCACUAGGGCUAUCGAUGUAUUAUCAAUGGAAAUUGGGUCUUGUGGCGUUAUCAUUUUUCCCUGUCAUAAUCGUGGCCACGUUUUUCCAAAGCAGAAAUAUGAAAGGCAAUAACGACGAUUUCAAAAAUUCAUUGCAGUCUUCGACCAAGAUUGCAGUGGAAGCCAUUAGUAACAUAAGAACGGUGGUAUCUUUAAGCUGCGAGGAAAUUUUCCACCAGCUGUAUAUAGCGGAGCUAGUUCCGCAAAUUCGCAAAAACAGUAAAUCUACUCACGGUAGGUCCGCCAUACUCGGUCUUUCCAGAGGUCUUAUGUUUUUCGCCUACGCCACUUGCAUGUACUACGGUGGAAAACUUAUUAAAAAUGAAAAUGUGCCUUACGGAGAUGUUUUCAAGGUCGCACAGGCAUUAAUAAUGGGAACCGUCUCGAUAGCGAACGCGCUCGCGUUUGCACCCAAUUUGGAAAAGGGUCUGAACGCGGCGAAAGCAGUCAAUGAUCUGUUCAAUAGGGUACCGAGAAUAAAGGACGAAGAAGGAGUAUUGCAGAAAUUUGACGCCGAAGGGAAUGUAGAAUACGCAAAAAUUACGUUCUCGUAUCCGACGAGAAGGUAUGUAACCGUACUCGAAGAUCUGGACUUGUACGUCCAACAGGGAAAAACUGUCGCUCUGGUAGGGGCUAGCGGAUGCGGAAAAUCGACGAUCAUUCAACUCAUCGAACGCUUUUACGAUCCAACGUCGGGAACUGUGUCAUUAGAUGGAGUUGAUAUCAAAAGUAUCACUCUGGCUUCGAUGAGAUCGCAUCUGGGUAUAGUUUCUCAGGAGCCGAACUUGUUCAGUAGAACGAUUGGGGAGAACAUCGCCUACGGCGACAACUCGAGGGACGUUACCCAAGCUGAAAUUCUAGAAGCAGCCAAGCAAGCCAAUAUUCACAAUUUUGUAUCUUCGUUACCUCUGGGUUAUAAUACUAAACUAGGAGAAAAAGGUACUCAGUUGUCAGGAGGGCAAAAACAGAGAAUAGCAAUAGCCAGAGCCUUGGUGAGGAAUCCCAAAGUUUUGUUGUUGGACGAAGCUACAUCAGCACUAGAUACGGAAAGUGAAAAGAUCGUGCAAGAAGCAUUGGAUAAUGCAAAACAAGGUAGGACUUGUAUCACUAUUGCUCACCGUCUAAGUACGAUACAGGACGCCGAUGUCAUUUGCGUACUCAACGGCGGGAGAAUCGCUGAAAAGGGCAGUCAUAGUGAACUGAUUGCGAAAAGGGGCCUUUACUACCAGCUCCAUACGAUUCAGUCCGGAUAAGAUAUUUCUAGUUAGUUUAAUUUGUGAUUUUAGUGAAUUUUCCGCUAUUCAUGUUAAUCCAUUGAACAAAAAUCAGAAAUUUAAUAUAUGUAAAUGCACCAAAAAUAUUUUUGUAUGUGUAUUUUUCUAGACAUAAUGAUGAAUGAAUAAAACAAAUG